AUGAAUACGCCUCCCAGAACUACAAUAAUAUUCAGCAACAUCCCACAAGAUUGGCUAGUAGGGAUUGAUUUACAAUUUUUCAACACAAAUCAUAUAUUAAAAGGUAUCAAAUUAGUACCCGAUGGGAUUCAUAUUGUACAUUUUGCCAAAGAUCAAUCAAGUAUACGACAUGGGUUUUACAUAAAUGCUAAAGAAGGUGAUGUUAUAAUAUGUUACUGGGAUGAAAAAGAUGAAAAAAUAUUAGUUGAUGAUGAAAUCGGGGAAUUGAAUAUAACAAAAGAGAUGUCAAAGUUAUCAGAUUAUUAUUCAUUCAUGAUUAGUUAUCCACCAGAUCCCGAGUGGAAAAAAUUAACUCAAUAUAUCAAUUUUGGCCAAGUUAAUUAUAUAUUACCAAGGGGUAAACGAAUUGAUAGUGUUUUGACUUCAAGUGAUGAAAAUAAUUUGUUGUUGGAUGCAUUACAGAAAAGUGCAAAGUCAAGAAAUUUAACACAAGAUCCAAUAAUAAAUUCUAUUAUUGAUCAAAGUGAUGAAGAGAUUAAAUAUACUUUGAUUGAUUUAAACAAGACUAUAAGGCCUGAUGGUACUGCAGGUGAAAAGACUAAAGAUUCAUUAGAUAAAUCAUGGUUUUUAAAUCAAUUGUUGAUUUCUGGUUAUAAUUCAAAUGAAGAAAUGUUGUUGAGUGAGUUUCAACAAGCUUUUUUAAAUAUGAUCAUUUUUGCAAACUAUAGUAGUUCUAUUCAAUGGUUAAAAUUUAUUAAAGUGAUUAUGAAUUGUAAAGAGAUUUUGAAUGGAAGAUUAAUCUUUUUUGAAAAAUUCCUAGAUGUGCUGAUUGUUCAAUUUGGGAAAUUCCAGGAGGAUUAUAUGGAUGAAUUCAUUAGUGAAGAUUUUUUGGAUACUACAAUUUCAGAAUUUGAAUAUACAGUGAAAGAACAAGAAUUACGUCCAUUAAUUAAAAAAACCAUUGAGUUGAAAAAUUUAUUAUUAGUGAAAUUUAGUAUCACUAUACAAGGUUUAAUGGAAGACGAAGAAGAAGCUCCAGUUGUUGUUGAUAUAUCAGUAUGA